GUCACUAUCAGCUUUUCACAAAGAGGUAGCCGUUCAAUUUAGAGAAAAUGAAUUCAUUUAUUGUUGGCUUCUUUGCUUUUGUUAUGUGCAGUGGGUUUGCUUUAGCGCAGAAUCCAUUGGAGUUGUCGUUUGGCUGGACACCAACGCAAGUUCAACUUAAAGAAGGUGGUCCAUCAAAAGCAGUUUAUCUUGGAUUCCAAAAUGGUGCUAUUUGGCCAAAAUUUUCUACAAUUGUAUGUUACCCGGAAACAGAUGCCCACGAUACUAUUGAAAUGAAAGCUGGUUUGUUGAGCCCAUGGAAAAAACUGAUCGACGUUACAGGAAUUGAAAUAAACAAGCCUUUGAAAUUUAAGAAAUUGCUUUUUCGAGCUCGAGAGGACAAAAUGUGCCAAAAUAAACAAUACUUUGUAGAACUGGCCUGUUAUGACAGAGAAAGUCCCGUAAAAGAAAAUCCUUUACUUAUAAAGUAUACUACUCUAGAAAUCAAUGUACAAAAUACCGAGCAAGGUAGUAUGUGUUCAGAUCCUCACUUAACUCAAAAAGUAUCUGGAUUUAGUGAAGAUGGCGAAAGUGUAACAAAAGAUGUUUGCUAUGAUCUCUAUGGAAAAUCUGGUGAUCAGAUGGAAUUGAUUAGUGAUAAUGUCUUAGGAACUUCGAUCGUUUUUGAACUUCGAGAUGAUUAUUAUAUCGGCAAAGUUUUCUAUGCUACAAAAUUGGGAUAUUUCAACUUUACUACCGACACUAUUUCUACAUCAAAAUCUUCAAGUUUCAAAUGGAAGAAAGAAGAUAGUUUUGUCAUUGGCGAAAAGGAGAAAUAUCCUCACGCAAUUAUCUCCAAAAAUGAAAUGGAUGUUCUUAUUGAAUACUAUGAUAAAGAUAGAUCUCAAUCCAUUAGGAUUGCUAAAAUCCAACAAUCAUCAUUUGGUAAAAGCUAUUUAAAUAUUAUGAUUGAAAAGUCAACAAGUUUCAAAGGCGUGUUUGACGAACAUCACGGUGGAAUUUUUGGUUUAAUUGCUAAUCAAGAUUAUGAAUUCUACGAGCCAAUUCAAGAGACGAUCGAUUUGACUGUUGUUAAAAUAAAUGGAAGAUAUGUGAAGGCAUUCCUAACCGGCAAGCCUGGUGAUACUGAUAGAUGUUAUUCAAUGAGUUUGGGAGAUUUAAUGUUUCCAAAGAAUGUAUAUUCGUUCCAAAAGUCGUUGUAA